GUUUCCCGGAAGGAGCAUGUCUGCGCCCGCGACCCUGCCGGAAGUUGCACGCUGAGCAUUGGACACCAUGCAGUCGGAUGAUGUUAUCUGGGAUACACUAGGAAACAAGCAAUUUUGUUCCUUCAAAAUAAGAACCAAGACUCAGAGCUUCUGCCGAAAUGAGUAUAGCCUGACUGGACUGUGUAAUCGGUCAUCCUGUCCCCUGGCAAAUAGUCAGUAUGCCACUAUUAAAGAAGAGAAAGGACAGUGCUACUUGUAUAUGAAGGUUAUAGAACGAGCAGCUUUUCCUCGGCGUCUCUGGGAACGGGUCCGGCUUAGUAAAAACUAUGAGAAAGCACUGGAGCAAAUAGAUGAAAAUCUGAUUUACUGGCCCCGUUUCAUUCGACACAAAUGUAAGCAGAGAUUCACCAAGAUCACCCAAUACCUAAUUCGAAUUAGAAAACUUACACUAAAGCGACAGAGGAAACUUGUUCCUUUGAGUAAGAAGGUGGAGCGUAGGGAGAAAAGAAGAGAGGAAAAGGCAUUAAUAGCUGCUCAGCUGGACAAUGCCAUUGAGAAGGAAUUACUGGAGAGACUGAAACAAGAUACGUAUGGCGACAUCUACAACUUCCCCAUUCAUGCCUUCGACAAGGCCCUGGAACAACAGGAGGCAGAGAGUGACUCUUCAGAUGCUGAGGAAAAAGAUGAUGAAGAUGAUGAUGAGGAAGAUGUGGGGAAAAGAGAAUUUGUUGAAGAUGAUGAGGUAGAUGAGAGUGACAUAAGUGAUUUUGAGGAUAUGGAUAAACUGGAUGCCAGCAGUGAUGAAGAUCAGGAUGGUAAAUCCUCCAGUGAGGAGGAGGAAGAAAAGGCCCUUAGUGCGAAACACAAAGGCAAAACGCCCUUGAGAGGACCACUGCAGAGAAAACGAGCCUAUGUGGAAAUAGAAUAUGAGCAGGAGACAGAGCCCGUGGCCAAGGCCAAAACCACGUGAUUUCCCUUCAGCAUUUAUACCCAGGACUGAACAUGCAGAACUGUUUUUUUUUUUUAUCUUAAACACAUACACACCUCCAGUUUUUGCUCUUUUGUGUUGUAUUGAACACAAUAUUUGUGUUUUUAUUAUUUAUGCCACAUCAGUGGGGCAAGAAAUCUGGAGUGAGUGAAGAAAGCUAAGUUGUGAACAAGAGUGUUUUUAUAGCAUAUGUGUUGAAGUAACAGCUUGUGCCCGAGAAACUUAACAGAUGAGUUCUUGAAUCUGGGAUGAGAUGACGGAUGUAAAUAUUUCUGAAUUUUAAAUGCUACAUUCCUUGGUGUCCUUUUUUCUCCCAAACUUUAUUUAGAAAUGGAAGGAGUUCAUUUUUUUCUUGUUCUACUUUCCCUACUCUUAUGGAGGUAAAAGGAAAGAAAGAAGGAAGAAGCAGCUUUCACUUACAAAGUUUCAUGUAAAAAUAUCUUUUUUUCUUAAAUAACUCCAUUCAUACAAAUUGGGAUGGGAAGAAAAUCCUUUCCUCUUGGGAAAGUGAAUACAAGUCUUAAGUUCCAUCGUAGGGAGCGCCUUCAGAAACCUGCUGCACUUUUCUGAUACAGUUCACCACUUUUCUGUCUUCACAACUUUGGGGAAUUUUGGCCAGGAGACCCUGAAACAUGAAACCAAACAGGCUUUGAUUUUUUUUUUUUUAAUUACUUUUUUCCCCUUUUGCCUGAUUCUUCUUCCUUGGUAUCAUACUCAAAGGAGGAAAGAAUGGAUGACACUCAGGGACAGGUCACUAAACAGAAUAGGUAUUAGUUGGUUUUUUAUUAUUAUUUUUAAAUUUAUUUAGCUCUCAUGUAUUGAAGGUGUUACUUUAAAAACUGUGUUAAUGUACUUGCAAAUCUCCUGCUGGCUCAUGAAACAGCAGAAUUCCAGCCAAGGCAAAUUAAGUUGGAUCUGGGGCUUGAAAACUGCCCAAGAUUAAAGAGCUAAGAUGAAAUAAUUUGAACAAACUGGUAAAAUAACAAUUCAUACUAUCUCAACAUAUUUUUAGGAUAUGAAUUUUUUUUUCCUGCUGGGUAGAUUGUCCAGUGAGUUAUGGCAUGAAUUUCUUUUCAUGCUACCUUCAGUCUUCAACUAAAGAUUUCUAAAAGGGGUAAGAAAUGAGGCAAUAGUUUAUUAAAUACAUAGAAGUACACAGCUAUUAUAUGCUGUGGCUUUGAGAACUUUUGUGGAAUAUGAAACCAAAGGAAGAAUUUCCAUGUAGAUAAAUUAAGAAUAGGGAAAAACAUCUACCUAAAAGAUGGUUGUCCCUAAAAAACUGGAAACAUCUGAAAUGCUCUAUUUAUGUUAUUAUUCCUGGGAGCUUAUAGCCCAUUAUUUUUACUUUUUUUUUUUUUUUUAAUUCAGAAGACUAGAACAGAACUUAAAUUUUACAAACUUUUGAUCAUAAUGCUUUUGCCCAUUCUGUCUCGUCCUUAGCCCCAGUGACGUGCUGAUCCUCCUGCCUUUAGUUCUAAAUGGUUCUGAAUAGCUUUAAAAGAUGAAUAAGAAAAAAGAUGAAGCUCUUUUGAGGCUAGAGGGCUCAUAUGGAGACCUAAAACCCUCCAUGUUCAUUUCCAGACUUGGUCAGGCACAUACAUAGUAAACUAUAAUCAAUCAUAGGAAUUAUGUAAGGAUAAUGAGGCCCAACUGAAACCAAGUUUCAGUCUGCCUUACCUUUACCCUUCCUUGAGAACAGCGGUCCAGGAGAAUCAGGCAGUCUGUGGCCUCCUGUAGCAGGGCACUCUUAACAGACUCAGGUGUAAGGUUUGGAUCCCUUGCUACAUCACAAAUCAGUUUCAAGAGAGCUUUCAGUAAGACCACAAGUCUGCAGGAAACUCUGGAAUCAGGAAGAAAAGCUAUGUUCAUACUCCAAAUCUGGAUAUUAAAAUUGGAAGAGACUUCAAAGACUGUCAAGUGGAAAGCUAUCAUUUCAUAAAUUAAGGAACUUAGGUCAAAGUUAAAUAAAAAAGACCUAAAAACAGAACCAAAGACAGCCUCUAGAUUUCUUACCCUCAAGUCUCCUGUUAGCAUACUGCCUAUACACACACACACACACACACACACACACCCUCUGCCACGCUGCUCUCUUCCUUAGCAUAUUCCCUAUACACACACACACACACCCUCUGCCAUGCUGCUCUCUUCCUUCCUUCCAGAAGCUUGGUUCUACUGUAAGCAACAGCUCCUUCAUGGGCUGAGAAGUGGAAACCAGGAUCUCCCCUAACCAAGGGCCUAUACUUUUAUUUUUCAACUCUAUUAACUGAACUAUGCUUGGAGAGAGCUCCCAAUCUUAACUUUAAUGCCAUCUUAGGCCUGGAAGUUAAAGAUAGAGUGAGGGAAAUGAGCUUGGCUUCUGGGACUUAGUAUCAAGUUGAAUUUUUCUGUCAUUUAAUUUCAGAUCCUAGCUCAUCAGUGAAGUCCAGCCUACUUACUUGUAACUAUUAACCUUUCUAAAAGUUUUAAUCACCUUGGUAAAGCUCUAGAAAUGGAUGAUGCUAGUGACUGCACAAUAUUGUGACUGUACUUAAUGCCACUGAACUGUACACUUUAAAAUGGAAAAUUUGUAUGUAUUUUUACCACAAUAAACAAAAAGCCCUAAAAAAACCUUAAUGAAAGGUGGAAAAUAAUUUAACUUAUAAUGUGAAAACACAAUGUGAAAUGUACAAUAAAUCAUAUUUAUGGACAGA